AUGACGCGCUUCUUGCAGGCUGUCGCUACUUCUACGGCACUUUGGUUGACAGUGACCGCUCUCGGAACAAACUACGACCACAAUGGCAAAACGACGUAUUGCUGGCAUAUAAAUGAGCCGGCCUCCAACUACAAGCUGACCGAGCUGGAUCGCACACAGGAGUACUCGGGUACCAACGGCUGCCCCAUCGCUAUGACCGUCUCGCUGGACAUGACGACUGUCGAGGUGAACACACCCGUGAACGUCACUUGGACAGUCGACGCCGAUUUCAGUGGCACCAAUCUCGUGAAUAUGACACAACUUUCCUACGGCCAGGACAGCAGUGGUCGAACGGCGCAAAUUGUGCACUCUAACGUGCACUCCUGCGUUUACCAGACGGACUGCGACCCGUUCGACGACGGUGAACAGCCUGAGGACAAGACCUCAAAUCAGAUUGCCAAUCUUACCGACAAUGUAGCCAAUUUUAAGGACUCGGUGCAAUUCAGAACGGCUGGACCCCACUCUGUGCUUGCACACAUCAUUAUGCCCGACACCAAUUCGUCGAAGCAGUUUGCGUACGCUGUGUACACCGAGCUCACAGUAACCAAAGCCAAGGAACAACAAACAACGGAGGCACCAGCGACCACCACCACAACCGAUGACGACAGCGGAAUAUCGCAGGCCGCCAUCAUCGGAAUCAUUGUGGGCGGCGUUGUAGUCGUUGUUGCGCUUGUUGUUGUCGCAGUCGUUGCUUGGCGUCGACAGAGUAAUAACAACGUUGAUAUGAGCAACUACAGCUAUCCUCCACCACCUCCUUAUGAUGCAGCGUCGGAGCUGUACUCGUCGGGACCAAAGGAGGGCAGGGCUGGAUCUGAUGCAGGCACUGCUCGAGUUACUGGGUCGUGGAGUAUUCCAGCAAGUAGCCUCCCAGCACGCAGUCUCGAUGGCACGAACGAUUCCAAUGGAUCGCGCAGCUCUCGACCAGCGUCACAGGGCUACGCAGAGCAUGAUGGCUACACGUCUUACAGUGCUGGUUACCGUCCGGUUGAUAGCGACAUCCAGCGACCGCGUCGCGUUGGUAGCGAUGUGGAGUUGUGAAGGCCUCCGAUCCAGCAAAAGCGCACGAACCCGCUCAAAUUAGCUGUACAUGUCUGUACAUGUCUUAUACAGAACUAAAGCAUUUUCAAAA